CCAAGAAUGAGGCUGCUUGCCCUCUUGUGCUCGAUCGGCUGCGCGGGCGCCGAACUCAUGCCAGGGUGUUACUCCACCUCAUGCGUGACCCGAGACUACACACACACUGGAGGCUGGCUCGUGAAAGACUAUCUCGUCGACGGAGCUCUUAUGUCAGUAGCAACUAAACCUGGGGACUAUGCCGUACGCUGGUCUUGCCACGGUCUCAACCCAAUCGACGAACCUGCACCACGUGUCUACACAUCUUACAUCGCAUACGAAGUCGAGUUGAUCGAUUGUGACAUUCCUCAGACCGUUUCUUAUAUGGACCUCAUCAAGAAGCUCAACAUAACCAGCAAGUACACAAAAUCUCUCACUAUUAGCACAACGAUGCGACCUCGAAACAGCAAAUGGUUUUCGACAGAUGACCUUGAAAAAAUUAAAAAUAAACACCAAGUUGGAAGCAACAACUGGCUAGCAGCUGCUGCCGCCAAUUUACCUAAAAAUUUCUUAGACAAUUUAACAUUACGUGGGAUCCCAAUGACCAUCGAUCAGUUUAUAAGUAUACAAAAACUUAAAAGCUUAACGUUAGUGGACACUGGUCUAGAAAAAAUGAUGAAUUUGAAAGAUUUUUCUAAUCUGAAACGACUUGAGCUUCGAGAGCCAUAUUUGCUGAACGCAGAAAACUUGAAUGCUACUAAUUUUGAAGAGCUGGUUCUUCACUCUCCAGAUGCAGGGCUAACUGCCAUGCCUCAGCUACGCAACGCCACAUUUAUAGAAGUUUAUAUGAUGGGAAGACUGUUUGGGAACUGCACCAAUUUAAACCAUUUGGCUUUGAUAGAUGGAACGCUGUCUGUACUCCCAGAUCAUUGGUUAGUAGGAUGUAGUGCGCUGAUCAGUUUGAAGAUAACCCAGUUGAGAAAUUUAAACAAAGUACCUGGUGACCUACUGGAUGAUACUACAGUAUUGCGAUACCUUGAUCUUAGCCACAAUAGCUUGGAAGCCUUACCUGAGGGUCUACUGGACAAUACUAGAAGUUUGGAGCAUCUUAAUGUUGGUGAUAAUAAUUUGAAGACCCUUCCUGAGAAUCUCCCGAUAUCCCUUAAAAGAGUGGAAGCAUGUGGCAAUGACCAACGUCCAUUGACAUACAAAACUUUGAGUACGUUGGAGCACUGGGCUUGCAUUAAAAUUAUGAGUCAACUUUGAUAUCACGAAACCACGAGUAAGAAGCAAAUAAAUUAUGUCGUGUUUUGAAUACUUUGGCCGCUUGUCUACAAGUCUGCACGCCGGUACCACGGCAGGAUUAUAAUUUCAUACAUAAGAAGCUCAUUGGAUUCCAAGAAGCUCAUUGGUAAAUUCGCCAUCAGAUAUAAGAGCGGACAAGGGGCUCAAAAUAUCCCAACGUCUUGACAAAAUUUUUGUGACGACUUUAGCCGUCUCCAUACCGAGGGCGAUACGACCCGGGGCUCGAACCCGCGAUCUCCGUUUCCUUCGCCCCAGUCAUCCGCUUGCAUUGUACAGUCGGCGACAGAUAAUUUUCCGGACACACAAUAGAGGGCGCUAAUUGCUCGUUAGUAAAUGUUUAAUGAACUGUCCAAAUUGCGAGCGGUAACGAGGUUAAGAAUAGGCCGGAGUUGGUAUUCCGUAAAACUUUACACUUCGUCCCCGCGAGGUUAUAAAAGUAUUGUUUCAUCAAUUGAGACUGCACUAUAAGUUGCAGUUAUGUUGCAGUCUUAACUAGAUACUCUCAUAUCCUCUAAGGCUAGCUGGAGGAGAUUCUUUAUAGAAUGAGCUCGCUUUUGUGUCUCUAUUCCUACAAAUUGAGUUUAAACUGUUGUACACAAUAAAGUGAUUACUACUACUACUACU